UGCUGUGUCUGCCUGCUAGGUUCCUCUUCCCAACCGCAAAGAUUCGGAAGCGUCGUCGAAAACGUUGAGGGUUUUAUACCCGACCAUUUUUUAAAGAAUUUUACCGGACAAGUCGCCAAAAUACCUCCCUUAAAGGAACUAGAUUUUCCCCUCCCCAUCUUUGACGGACUGGACCUGAAGCAAGAGCCCGAACCAUGCGUAUAUCCGCCAUCAUGUACUCCCAUGGACGUGCUCGAUCUUUAUGAGUCCGGCGAAUGGUCAGCAGCGAAUUCUCCUUGCUCUGAGCUGUUCGAAGACGUUGACCUUAGCUCUGCUUCUGAUCUGGACGAGAGUUGCACCUAUCUGAACGACAUCGCGAUUGAUUUUGCCUCUUAUCUGGAUCCUGCCACCUUGAGCACCAGUCCCGAAGAUUUGACCAAGUAUUUAGCCCCCCGUAAAGAUAGCAAGCGUAGAGAAGUAGUGGAACCUUAUUUACCCGAAGUAGAUCAAGGAUACGCUCCAGUUAAAGUAGAUUCCAAAGUAAAUUCCCCGAAACCGGCUGUGACCUACAAAUCAACGACUCUGGCGAAAGAAACCGAGCAGAAGUCGACCAGGCUACCUUCUAUCGCCUCGCAACUGAAGGCUCCAAAAUAUCGCCGAGGCUCUUCGUCUUCCAAGAAAGCGUCGAUCGAGAAGGGAAGCGAUGAAUAUCGCUUGAAACGGGAACGCAACAACAUUGCGGUCCGCAAGAGCCGAUUUAAGAGCAAACAAAAGUAUGUGGAGACCCAGCAGAAAGUUGAUGAGCUGCAAGAGGAGAAUUCUCGUCUACAAUCCAAGGUCGAUUUUCUCACUAAAGAGCUCAACGUUCUCCGAAGCCUGUUUUCUACCACCGGUGCCUACAAGGAUCCAGUAGUUAACGCUGCCCUUCUGUCUCAUGGCAUUCCGACUCCUCAUGGUCUUGUCGCCUCUCGUUAG